CCUCCACUCCUCGUCCUUCCCCAUUUAUCCACUCUCUCUCUCUGUUCUUUCUCUCUCUGCAGCAACUGCAACUGCAACUGCAACUGCAACUUCGAAGCUCGGAAGCUCCAUGGAAGCGAGCUUCGCCGCGAAGCCGCAGGCGCUGGUCCUCGCGCCGUGCGCCUCCCUAUCUCACCCCGUCUCCCCGGCCGCCAGGCUCAGCUUCGUCCGGACGCGGUUCCUCGGGAGCUCCCACCACCUGCGGCCCCCCGGCUCCCCCCUCCGCUCCCGGCAGCGGUGCCCGCGGCUGCGGCUGCUCCGGUUCCGCUCCCACCCGCUCGUCGUCGGCGCGUCCGGGGCCUCGGGCGCGGUGGUCGUCGUGAUCGCUGUCCUCACCGUCUCCGCCGUCUCUCUCUUCUUCUUCGAUCUCUACGCCAGGAGGAAGAGCGGCAAGCGGGUUACGGGGGAAAGAUAUAUUGCUGACGAGAAAUGUGGAAAGAUUCAAGGUCUACCACAAGAAAGACUAGAAGAAAGAUGUGUCUUAGAGGAAGAACAGCUGCUGAAUUCUAUAGAAUCUACUUUAGCCGGUGAAGAGAUUCCUGUGACAAGUUUAAAGUCUGCCCCCUCCAAAAUUUUUGCCUCUAAUGGAAAUGUAGUAUUCUCCAGUGAAAGAAAUUUUGAAGACUGCUCUCAUUCAGCUGUGCUUACUGAGUCAAAGGCAUUGCAACCGCUUGCCGUUGCUAGUGGGUUGAUAGAAUUGCAAUCACGAGAAGAUAAAAUGGAUGAAAAAUGUGAUGCAGACUCACCUGAACUAGGGGUGGACUCACGGGUUGCUGCUCCUAAUCAUGGUUGUGAUGUGCAUGAAGCAGUUGAACAGAAUGAUCAAAUAGAAUCUAGGGAGCCUGAACCUGCUAGCUACAAAAGCUUUUUCAUGGAAGCUGCGAGAAUGGAGCUGUAUACAUUUUAUGAGCCAAAGCAGUCAGAAAUGGGAAAACGAAGCAGCUUGAAUUUGCCAGGAAGACCAGCGGCUUCACAAGGCACUGUUCUCGAUGUAAAUGGGCUUUCUGCAUUGACAAGGCACAUGAUAUCCAGAGAAGAGAAAUUGUCGAUGCAUGAUUCUAUCGUCACCACUGAAGAUGGUGAAGGUACAGUACCUUUAUCAUGUUAUAAUGGAGUAUCUUCUGGCAAGAGAAAAGGCAUUGAAGAUCGCAGAGAAUUAUCUAGCAGCAAGGAUGUUAAAAACAUCCAACCCAACAAGUCUAUGGAGCUACCUGCAUUGCCUCACCCUAAUGGCAUUUGUGUCAACAAAAGACACCAUCUUACUAAGCAUUCAAGUCCCUAUAAUCAUUUACUGAAACAGGGCAGGAUAACCGACUGCAUAAACUUGCUUGAGGACAUGGAAAAGUCGGGCACCCUUGAUAUGAGCAAGAUAUAUCAUGCAAGGUUUUACGACAUGUGCAAAGGUCGUAAGGCUGUUGACGAAGCCUUCCGAUUUACCAAGUUGAUCUCUAACCCAACCUUGAGUACAUUUAACAUGCUGAUGUCUGUAUGUACAAAUUCUCUGGAUUCAGAGGGUGCUUUCCGAGUUCUACAAUUAGUUGAAGAGGCUGGACUGAAGGCUGACUGCAAACUUUAUACUACUCUUAUUUCAACUUGUGCGAAGUGCGGGAAAGUGGACAGAAUGUUUGAAGUGUUCCAUGAGAUGGUUAAUUCUGGGAUUGAACCGAAUGUUCAUACUUAUGGGGCGCUUAUUGAUGGUUGUGCCAAAGCUGGACAAGUUGCUAAGGCCUUUGGUGCCUAUGGUAUUCUGAGGUCUAAGAAUGUGAAGCCAGAUCGAGUGGUAUUUAAUGCACUGAUUACUGCUUGCGGACAAUCGGGAGCUGUGGAUCGUGCCUUCGAUGUCUUAGCAGAGAUGAGGGGUGAGACACAUCCAAUAGACCCUGAUCACAUCACUGUAGGUGCACUGAUUAAGGCAUGUUCAAAUGCAGGUCAGGUUGACCGGGCAAAAGAAAUAUACAAAUUGAUGGAUGAGUAUAAGAUCAAGGGUACUCCAGAUGUUUACACUAUCGCUAUUAAUAGUUGCAGCCAGACUGGUGAUUGGGAAUUUGCUCUGAGCGUGUACAAUGACAUGAAAAAGAAAGACGUGGUUCCUGAUGAGAUUUUUCUCAGUGCAUUAAUAGACGUUGCAGGGCAUGCUGGGAGGGUUGAUGCUGCAUUUGAUAUUCUAGAAGAAGCAAGGACUUGUGGGAUGCAUCUUGGAAUUAUAUCAUACAGUUCUUUGAUGGGUGCUUGCUGUAAUGCAAAAAGCUGGGGGAAGGCUUUAGAGCUAUAUGUGGAUAUGAAGUCUAUCAGGAUAAAGCCGACAAUCUCAACAAUGAAUGCUUUAAUCACUGCCUUAUGUGAAGGGGAUCAGCUUCCAAAAGCAAUGGAGAUAUUCUAUGAUAUGAAGAGGCUAGGAUUAUCCCCUAACACCAUCACAUACUCAAUACUCCUAGUGGCAAGCGAAAGAAAGGAUGACACUGAAACUGGCAUUGCGCUCUUUUCACAAGCUAAAAAGGAUGGGGUUGCUCCUAAUAUUACCAUGUGUAGAUGCAUGAUCGGAAUGUGUCGUUGGAGAUAUGUGAAGGCAUGCACUCUUGGGGAGAAUGUUUUAUCUCUUAACUCAGGACGGCCACAAGUUGACAAUAGAUGGACCUCAAUGGCCUUGACAGUCUACCGUGAAAGUAUUUCAGCUGGUUUCACUCCUACCAUGGAAGUUGUUUCAGAAGUAUUGGGUUGCUUGCAAUUCCCUUUUGAUAUUUCCUUGAAAAGUGAAAAUGAAAAUUUGGGAGUCAGUGCUGACACACCAAGAUACCCCAAUCUUUUCUCUUUAGUUGAAGGAUUUGCAGAAUAUGACCCUCGUGCAUUUUCCCUACUGGAGGAAGCCGCCUCACUUGGAGUCGUUCCAGUUGUAUCUUUUAAGCAAAAUCCUCUUGUUGUCGAUGUGAAGACAUUGCAGAUUCAUACGGCUGAGGUAUACAUCUUGACAGUCUUAAAGGGCCUAAAACACCGACUUGCUGCUGGUGCAAAGUUGCCCAAUUUAACCAUCUUAUUGCCUGUCGAGAAAGCUCAGAUGGAAUCUCCUCAUGGAGAGAAAACACUCCAUGUUGCAGGAAGGUUGAGCCAGGCAGUUGCAGCAUUGUUAAGGCGGCUUGGCCUACCUUACCAGGGAAAUGAAUCAUAUGGGAAAAUCAGGGUAAGUGGGCUUGCCUUGAGAAGAUGGUUGCGGCCAAAGCUUGCUUCUCCUUAUAGUGGAAAACCGGGAGAGUUUGGUUUGUCUCAGCUACGGCUUGGCAGUGGGAUCACACACCAGCAGCGGAACAUUAGAACCGGUGAUCUCUCUUUGGAAUAGAGGAAGGUCUCACUAAGGGGAAAUCAGGAAAAACUGAAAAGCGAAAGCUAUGUACAUUCUGUGAAUGUAAACUGAUGCUCAGAGAUAAAAGUAGAGAAGCACACGGAAUCCUGUCGGAAAAUACUGGAGAUUGUUCCUUGUGGACCCCGAGAUGUAGCCCCAAGAUAAAUGAAUUGAAUCAGGCCUCCUUGUAUUGUUCUUUUGGGUAGACUGCAGAGUGAAGUAUCAUCCAAGGAACCUGUUUGUUCAAGACUAUGAACGACCGUUGACUGUGCACAGAUUUGCUGAUGCAGUUUUUAUCUUUGCCGCAUCAAGGUGUCAUGAAGACUGCUGACUUGGGGUCCUUCCAGUAAAUUUUUAUGAGAGUACUUGAAUUAGCUUGGUAGAAAGAGCCAGAGUGUAUUGCAUCUGUUUCUCUGGUGUUCUUAUGUAAGGAUUUGUCUACCACUGAGUAAUAUAUUUUCUGCUUAGUUGCGGCUUCUUUUC